AUGGCGGAAAUAAACACAUCUCCGAAAAUCGAACAAAUUCCCGAGACUGGCUCUUAUUCUCAAAAGCGCGCCCAACUGGACGAUCUGAUCGCACGAGCCGCUGCCAAAGAUGCGACGAAAGACCACAGUACUGCUUCAGAAUUGUACUCGCAAGCCACCGAGCUACAAGCCGAAAUUAAUGGAGAGCUAUCGCCGGAGAACGCUGAUCUGCUCUAUGCGUACGGAAAAUCUCUCUACAACGUGGCCGUGAGUAAGAGUGACGUUCUAGGUUCCAAGGUGGCUGGUGACCCCCAGGGCCAGUCUAGCAAUGGUUCAACAAAUACCGCCUCGAAGACAACAAGCGCGACGGGAAAAGGCUUGGUCAAGGAUGCCAUUUCGAGCACCAUGACUGAGGAUAUUAUCUCCACAAAGGCAGAGAGCGCCCAAUCGCCAGCGGAGCCCUCGAAGCCUUUUUUCCAAUUUACAGGCGAUGAGAAUUUUGUGGACUCCGAUAAUGAGGAGGAUGAUGAUGAUGAAAAUGACGAGGCUGGCGAAGAGGAGGAAGAGGAUGAUUUCGCCAAUGCAUUCGAGGUUCUAGAUUUGGCCCGCAUCCUGUACCUCAAGAAGCUGGGUGCUGUGGAAGAGAGCGCCAAUGCGAAAGGGAAAUUCGCCGAAUUGCCGACGGAUGUGAAGCAUAUCAAGGAGCGACUGGCGGACACUUAUGACCUCCAAGCCGAAAUUUCCCUUGAAGCAGAACGAUUCAACGAUGCCGUAACCGAUCUACGAACUGCCCUCGAUCUCCGAUACGCCUUAUUCCCGUUUGAAGACCCAUCUGUCGCCGAGUGCCAUUAUAAGCUUUCACUGGCUCUUGAGUUUGCGUCGGUCCAGCCACAAGGAGAAAAUGAGGACGAGGAUGCGAGGACGGUGGAUGAGAAAAUGCGAAAGGAAGCUGCAACUCAGAUGGAGCGUGCUAUUGAGAGCUGCAAGGUCCGUAUGGCGCAGGAGGAAAAUAAGUUGGAACUCGACAAUGCUAUGGAUGAGGAUAAGGCGACAGCUACGAAGCGGAAGAUUGCAAAUGUAAAAGAGAUCAUUGCCGACAUGGAACAACGGCUGAUUGAUCUUCGUCGGUCACCAGUUUCCAUCGAGCAGAGCAACCAGGAAAGCGAAGCCAUGCUGAAAGGUAUCCUUGGGCAGAUUGUUGGCCAGUCGCCAGCGGAUCAAAAAGCCCGACUGGAUGUUGUCAGCAAGGAUGCAACAGAUCUUUCAUCGCUUGUCCGACGAAAGCCUGCCAGUCAGCCGGCCCAACAAACGGCCUCGAAGCGGCCUGCUGAGGAUUCAUCCGCAGAAAGCGAGUCGAAACGCUCCCGGGUGAAUGAUGCAUGA